GAGAAGCGAGGACAGAGACAGAGGAGUGCCGUGGCAGACGCAACAAGUAAAUAAAUUUUAGUGGGAAGAGCGAAUAGGGAGAGACAGAUGACGAAGCAGAGUAAAGAGCAUAUUACUACGCUUGCAUCCGCGUCAGUAAAGCUUAGCAAUGUGUGGGCGUCUGGUAAUAGUGGUGGUGGCGGGGCAGGCGAGAUACCGCCAGCCAGGCCGCGGCACUCACAGGCUGCCAGAUGCUCUCUUUCCUUCCUCGAUAAGCCAAGUGUCCAAGCGAUUCGUACUCUGCCAGGGCACUAUAACUCUCUCUCCUUAACCUUCACAUGGGAUACAACCUUCACCGGAGAUACAUCUGUUUAAUUUUCUGGUGUUUACUCGGGGAAAUCUGUAUUGUUAUCAUCCUAUAUCCUCUUGCUUAACCAAGAGUGUCGCGGUACUUGAAAACACUCCCUAACUCAAGGAUACGUUUUACUUUCAAGCGUUGCAUUACUAACAGUCACAGUUUGUAUACAUUUCGGUUGCAUUACCGCCAAAAAUACCUCGCUGUACCAGUGGCAGGUCAAGAGGGUGAGCGAAAACCACGAGAAACGGUAGCUAGAGCGGUUUGGGUCAAGAUUUCUCCUGAGCGACAUGAAGUCAACUUAGGCAGUGUCGUACGGAGCCGCGCGCCUAACUUAACUUAAAAUGAGUCAGUCGUCAUAGCUUGGUCUCUACUUGGCCGUCUCUCUGCCUUGCUUUCCCUGACGCUGCGUGUGCAAGAAGUUAAGUGCGAACAAAUCUUACUGCGUGUUACAUAAAGAUUCGCUGGGCACGUUCACACUGCAUGAGAGGAGGCCGAGGGAGGAAGGGGCGAGUGGGGAAGGCCGAGGGGAUGUUGCCGACGGGUUGCCUCCUCCAGCAGUCGCGAGUCAGUGCCCCGCCGCCAGCCAGCACGCACGGGGCACACACCCAUUCAUUAGCGACUCAUUAACCGACACUUCAUUAACGCUGCCAAGACAACUCGGCUGCGCUUCUUCAUGUAAACGUUUUUAUAAGCGGAGAUGACGAGCGUGAAGUGACGAGGUGAUGUGCUGGGAGCAGCGUGGAUGUGCCAGCUGGUUUGUUUACAUCAACAUGAGCACUGCGGUGGCCUUCUUCGUGCUGCUCCUUCUGCGCGGGAACUUUGCCAAUGCGAGUCUUUGGUGCUACGAGUGUGGGACGCAUGUGACAGGUGAGCCUGACUGCUCGGACUUCUCUCACGCUACGACCUGGACGCAGUUUUGGAGAGAGUGUUCCGACGACUCCAUAUGCGUCAAGAUUCUCCCGGCAUGGCCAUCGGAGCGGAACGACUUGGAUACAGUGCGAGGAUGUGCGCCGCGGACCAACCAUCGGGGUGUAGAACAUCAAGAGGGCUGCUGGUCCCAUCCCACAGCCUCCCACAGCCUCGCCUGCUUCUGUAAAACUGACUUCUGCAACGCCGCCCACGUCACUACACCCCUUCUGCCUACCCUUUUCUCCGUCCUCGGUGCCGUGCUCGUCCUAAUCGUGAGGUGACCCGCGGAAUAGACUUGGUGUCUUGGUUAAUAGUGGUCAAGUGACAUUAUUCUUUCGGUUUGUGACCUCUACAAGUUAAGAGGUCGCUUCCCUUAACCCCUUCAGAACUAGGACGCAUUUUCAUAUCUAUUCUGCUUACUACUUGGCGAUAUUAAACAGCUUCAGACACUUAUAUGGGGAUUAGAAUAGUGAAGACUCUGGCCAUUAAUCUUCUGACCUCUAUAGACCUUUCCUUAUGUCAAUAAAAUGGUCUAAUCGUACACAAAUCUCAAGGUAAAAAUGCGUCACAGUACCUAAGGCGUUAAGGUGGAUUUCUUUACAUGUGUGUGUGUGUGUGUGUGUGUUAGAACAGUGCGAGAGAUCCACUUGUCAUUAAUGUUUGCGAAGGGGGGAGUGUCCUGUGUGUGUGUGUGUGUGUGUGUGUGUGUGUGUGUGUGUGUGUGUGUGUGUGUGUGUGUGUGUGUGUGUGUGUAGCAAGAACUAGUUAUGAUGAUUUUCCUUAUAAGUUCAGAUGCACUGGCCAGAUGAUAGGAACGUGUGAGUGAUUCAUAGAGAGAGAGAGAGAGAGAGAGAGAGAGAGAGAGAGAGAGAGAGAGAGAGAGAGAGAGAGAGAGAAUUUAUAAAUAGAUUGUAUAUUUAAUGUCUAAUCUCAAGGAGCACCAUAUCGAAAACAAAUACAAUAAUACAAAAAAAAAUAAUCAUACUCAAGGUUGGUCUGUAAAUCGAGCUUAUAAAAAUCUACUUAUUGGAUCUUCUAGUCAAUAAAGUUUAUAUCCA